AUGUACACCUCCCUUCUGUCUUUGCUGCAGCAGCAGCAGCAGCAGGAACAGCAGCAGCAGCAGCAGCAACAGCACUAUCACCACAAUCAUUAUCAUCAUCCCAAGAAGAAGCAGAACCAGCAGCAACCCCCGCAGCAGCAGCAACACCCCCAGCAGCAGCAGCAGCAGCAGCAGCAGCAGCAGGAGCAGCAGGAGAAAAAGCAUAUGGAGUUGCAGCAGCAGCAAAGCUGCUGCCGCCUUUUAUAA